CCCACACACCAGCUCGGCUAAUCGCUAGCGUCCCACACACAUUCUCUCCUACUGACCUUUCUCUCUCGAACUUUUUGCAGUUGCGACAACGACAACCGACGACCUCGUGAAGCCGACAAGGUACGCUCCCACACCCUUCUCAGUCUUCAAAAUCAACAUAUCGAGAAACCGCCAGUAUCCUAACUUUGAAUCGUUCCAGAUGGGUGCCCUCAAGUACGUCGAAGAGAUCCAGAAGAAGAAGCAGUCCGAUGUCAUUCGGUUCCUGCUCCGCGUUCGCUGCUGGGAGCUCCGCCAGCUGAACGUCAUCCACCGUGCUUCGCGCCCCUCUCGUCCCGACAAGGCUCGUCGUCUCGGUUACAAGGCCAAGCAGGGCUACGUCGUCUACCGCGUCCGUGUCCGCCGCGGUGGCCGUAAGCGCCCUGCCCCCAAGGGUGCCACCUACGGCAAGCCCACCAACCAGGGUAUCAACCAGCUCAAGUACCAGCGUGCUCUCCGUGCUACUGCUGAGGAGCGUGUUGGCCGCCGCUGCGCCAACCUGCGUGUCCUGAACUCCUACUGGAUCAACCAGGACUCCACCUACAAGUACUUCGAGGUCAUCUGUGUUGACCCCCAGCACAAGGCCAUCCGCCGUGAUGCCCGCAUCAACUGGAUCUGCAACCCCGUCCACAAGCACCGCGAGGCCCGUGGUCUCACCGCCACCGGCAAGAAGUCCCGUGGUAUCAACAAGGGCCACCGCUACAACAACACCAAGGCUGGUCGCCGCCACACCUGGAAGCUCCAAAACACCCAGAGCUACUGGCGUUACCGUUAAGUGCAUUAAUGCACGGACAUGGUGUUUUAUGGUGGAAAAUAUUGGCUGCAUGUGGUUAUCUCUUCGAUCAAUUCUCUCCCGGACCGUUUCAUUUACGCUGGGUUCGAGUUUAAUGCAGACCAGCAGGAUCUGUUUUUAGCCCAAAAAGCCAUCUUUGUUUUAUGUUGAAUUCCCCCUUGAUUAACGAAGUAUGACUGGUUCAACUCCAUACCGGUGCUCCGGAACUGUAAAAUGUGUAAAUUCCC